GUUGGCCCCUGAGCGUCUGAGGAGGACUUUAAACCCGAGUCUUUUUCUUCUGUCUUCACCUUUUCGGAACUAUCGCCAUGGGGGGACUGGAUGCGAUUCGACAGUGUAAUUUUUUAAACUGGCUCCGAGAGGAGAGACAGUCGAGGAAACUGAUCCUGUUCAUCGUUUUUGUGGCUCUGCUGCUGGAUAACAUGCUGCUCACUGUAGUCGUUCCCAUCAUUCCCAGCUACCUGUACAACCUGGACGAGUCAACGGCAGUGGUGGUGAAGAACAACACACUUUCACAGCCGGGUGCUCCAGGGUCCUUCAACAGCAUCGUGUCUCUGUACGACAACACGGUGAGGACUUCAGGCUCCAACAGCACAGUCAGGUCUGCUGAUCUGGUCACUACGGCGCCCACCACCACUGCAGCGCCGACUCAGAACUCCUCCGACUGCCCCAGGUCCUCCAGCACGCUGCUUAAUGAGAAUGUGAAAGUGGGGAUGCUGUUUGCCUCCAAGGCCACCGUACAGCUGAUUACAAACCCCUUCAUAGGCCCACUCACAAACAGAAUAGGAUACCAGCUGCCCAUCUUCGUUGGCUUCUGUAUCAUGUUCCUCUCCACGAUCAUGUUCGCCUUCUCAUCGAGCUACGCUCUGCUGUUUCUGGCCAGAUCAUUUCAAGGCGUGGGAUCCUCCUGCUCCUCAGUGGCUGGAAUGGGGAUGCUUGCGAGCGUCUACACAGAUGAUGAGGAGAGAGGUCACGCCAUCGGGAUCGCCCUGGGAGGGCUGGCGUUGGGAGUGUUAGUCGGACCUCCCUUUGGCAGUGUGAUGUACGAUUUCGUUGGGAAAACGGCUCCGUUCCUCAUUCUGGCAUUCCUGGCUGUAUUUGACGGAGCUCUGCAGCUCUUUGUUCUCCAGCCCACUAAAGUGGAACCAGAGACUCAGAAGGGGACUCCACUGCUGACACUCAUGAAGGAUCCAUACAUUCUCAUCGCAGCUGGGGCCAUUUGUUUUGGAAAUAUGGCCAUCGCCAUGAUGGAGCCAACGCUGCCGAUCUGGAUGAUGGAGACCAUGUGUGCAAGGAAAUGGCAGCUAGGCGUCGCUUUCUUACCAGCCUCCAUCUCCUACCUUAUUGGAACCAACAUCUUUGGCACGAUGGCACACAAGAUGGGAAGAUGGCUCUGUGCUCUCAUUGGAAUCACAGUUGUUGGAAUCAGUGUAAUAUGUGUUCCAUUUGCCAAAGACAUCUACGGUCUGAUUAUUCCAAACUUUGGAGUUGGCUUUGCUAUCGGCAUGGUGGACUCCUCUAUGAUGCCUAUAAUGGGCUACCUAGUCGACCUGCGACACGUGUCCGUUUAUGGCAGUGUGUACGCCAUUGCUGACGUGGCGUUCUGCAUGGGAUUUGCUUUAGGUCCAUCCAUCGGAGGCUCCAUAGCUGAGAACAUCGGCUUCCCCUGGCUGAUGACCAUCAUUGGAAUAGUGGACAUUUUCUUUGCUCCACUCUGCCUCUUCCUCAGGAAUCCACCCGGACAAGAAGAGAAAGUAGCCAUUUUAAUGGACACCAACUGUUCAGUGAAGACCAGGUCCUACUACACACAGGGGACGCACUACCAGGGUGACGACAUGGAUCCAGAGUAUGACGACUAUGAUUAACCCAACACCAGCCAUGCAGGGUAACCCUUCAGAAGAUCUAUUUUGUUGUACAAAAAAGGGAACACAGAGGGAGAAAACAGCCAAGAUAUUUCCAUGUGAAUGUCCUGCGUUCAGUCUUCACUGUCCAGUGUCCUCUUAGCGGUUGUUCUGGGGGAAACCAAAGUCGUUUUGAUCUGUGGUUGCAAGUGCAUUGUUUGAGAAAUAUUUUUUUAAGCCAACAGCCUUAUUCAGUACAGAGAUCUGUCAGAAAGUACCUCUUUGGCAGGAGGAAGCUGAACAACAAAUGCGCUUUGCUGGUUUAUUUUGACUCUGUCUUAACUCAUGUGUUUACCAUUAAAGUCUCUUGUUUAUCUGCUGUA